AGAGAGAGAGAGAGUUUCAAGGAAGGAGACAUGCUUGAUUUCAUCCCAACAAGCAACACUUGUGUUUAUUUCUUUUCUUAACUUUAGUGGAUUCCACAGAAGUGGGAUUUCCAUCUCCUUGCUGUCAGGAGAUAUGAAGUCUUUGGAUCCGGACUUACAAGGCGAGACAUUGCGGUUGACACAUUCAACUCUCAACUCCCAAGACGAAAUGACUGCAUCAGGGAAAACAAAUUCUCAAGAUCAAUGUGCUUCCUCAGAUUAUGUUCAUGAUGAAAGAUAUGGAAGAGAUAUGCAAGUUCAAAUAAAGCCAGCUCUUUUUUCUUUGCAAAAUGAAUUGGCCUAUUCAACUGGUUUCUCUGCAUUUGGCUACUCUGAUCCCUAUAUCAGUGGCUUAUAUACUGCUUAUGGACCUCAGCCUUAUCCUCAUAUGAUGGGCAUAGCACCUGCCCGUGUCCCACUCCCCGUUGAUAUGGCAGAGGAUGGACCAAUCUAUGUUAAUGCAAAACAGUACCAUGGGAUCCUAAGGCGGAGGCAGAUACGUGCAAAGCUUGAGGCUCAGAACAAACUUGUCAAAAAUAGAAAGCCUUACCUUCACGAGUCACGACAUCUUCAUGCAGUGAACAGAGUUAGAGGGUCCGGAGGACGUUUCCUCAGCUCAAAGAAAGUUCAUCAAUCUGAUCCAAAUAGUUACCCUACUAACUCAACUUAUUCUCUAGACUCAGUUGAGCAUGAAGGUUCAACUUCUGCUUUCUCAAGUGUCCGGCAAGAUGUCGUCCACAAUGGCAUCAACUUCCAGCAGCAACCUGAUCACAUGGCCUUCAGUGUAUCCUCUCACAUGGUUAUUACCAUGCAAGGCAAUGGGACUCAGCAACGUGCUCCAGUUGUCCGGUGAUUAUAAGUUCUUAACUGGCUAAGACAGUCACCGGCAGGCAAUUCAUCCUUGGCUUUUACUCUUUUUCCAUUAUGUCUCGGGUUUUUGCAAGUGUCAACUUGUUUCUACUGUUAUAAUGGUGAAUUUGGUC